GUUGGCCUGUGAUGUCUUUAUCUUAUCAGUUUACUUCUGUUUUGGAGCACACCCUUUUAGUUAUACAGAAAAUGAAAUGUAUUUUCUUUGAUCUAAUUCAUUAUUUUCUGUUGGUUUUAUUAUGCUGUAUAGACAAGAUGCUCCCCAAAGAGGUUGUUGGAAAUCAGUCUGAGGUGACUGAGUUUAUAAUUCAGUGUUUUUCCAAUGAGACAGAACUCCAGUACCUUCUGUUUGUUCUAUUCUUCCUCAUCUACUUUAUCAUUUUAGCUGGAAACAUAACAAUUUGUGCUACAGUUACAAUGGAUGCCCACUUGCACACCCCCAUGUAUUGGUUCCUGAGUAACUUUUCAAUUUUAGAAAUUCUGCACACCUCAGCUAUUCUGCCGAAACUUCUAAUCAUGCUUAUUACACAACAUAAGACCAUAUCCACCACUGGGUGCAAAAUUCAGUUGUAUUUCUUCAUGGCUUUUACUUGCAUUGAAUUCUUCCUUCUCACAGUUAUGGCUUAUGAUCGCUACGUGGCAGUUUGUCACCCUCUUCAUUAUCACUCACUCAUGACUCUACAACAUUGUGCUAAGUAUAUUGCUGCUGUUUGGACCACUGGAUUUCUUGACCCUGUCCCCCUUAAUGGCAUAAUAGCAAAUUUUUCUUUCUGUUCAUCCAAUCAGAUUGACCAUUUCUAUUGUGAUGUCACUCCAGUAUUAAAACUUACUUGCAGUGAUACUUCUACUGCAGAACUUUUGAUUUUCAUCAAUGGGACUUUCCUUUUGUUAAGCACAUUUACUUUAACUUGCAUUUCUUACAUUCUUAUAAUCCAAACUAUUUUAAGAAUUAAAUCAUCUGAAAGUCAAAGAAAGGCCUUUUCUACAUGCGCUUCCCAUUUGACUUGUGUGAGUAUCUUCUAUGGCACAAUCUACUGCGUGUACAUGAGACCAACAACAGCCUAUGAGCCAGAGAAAGACAAAUUUUAUUCUCUUUUGAACAUUGUGUUGGUUCCCACAUUGAAUCCUUUUAUUUACACACUGAAGAAUAAAGAAUUUAAAACUGCUUUUGAAAAACAGCACAAAUGUAUAUUUUCUAGCAGAUAG